CACCUGUAGUGUCACUUUCAACCGCACAGUCGCUUGGAUUUAAAGAAAAAAGAAAGAAAGAAAAAAAAAAAGAAGGUCAAAUCAAAAUCCAUCAAAUAUGACCAAAGCCACCUGGAAACAGAGCGCCGGUGCGACAUAGCAGACGCAUAUGGUUCAGGACAAAGAGGGUCAAGCUCGAAAUUACGAUGCAUCUCACAGCGGUGGUCUCUGUUCUGGUCGUGACAGGCAUCGCCAAAGGUUGGGAAUGCAGCGCAGGGUGCAACACAGAAAAUGGGUUUUGUGAGAAGCCAGGGAAGUGCAGGUGCAAACCAGGGUGGCAGGGAGACAACUGUGACCAGUGUCUGCCCUUCCCCGGCUGCCUGCACGGCACAUGCGAGAAGGCAUGGCAGUGUAUCUGCGAGGAGGGCUGGGUGGGCAGCCUGUGUGACCAAGACACUCGCCUGUGCUCAUCCAGGCCCUGUGCUGGUAAUGCCACCUGCAUAGAGACAGGAGAGGGGGGAUACCUGUGCAUCUGUCCCCGCGGAUACGCUGGAGAAAACUGCCACCUGAAGAGAGGAGCUUGCUUCACAAAUGGCUCUCCUUGUCAGAAUGGAGGCACAUGUACGGACGCCGAUGGCUCAGCAGCCUACUCUUCCUGUUUAUGUCCCCCCGGAUUUUCUGGAGACUUCUGUGAGAUCAGCAUCGACAGCUGCCAGCCUAACCCCUGCCUCAACGGUGGCAACUGUUCAAACCACGGCCUGGCCUUCACGUGUGCCUGUCCGCACGGCUUCACUGGUUUCACUUGUAACGACACCACCAGCCUCUCGCCCUGCGCAGGCCGGCCCUGCGCCAACGGCAGCACGUGUGUUGGUCAGCCUGAUGGAACCUUUCGGUGCGUUUGCCAGAAAUGGUUUACAGGUCCCACAUGUUCCCUGCAGCACAGACCAAAGGCCAGAUCCAAGCCGGUCGGUGCCAGACCUGUGGACCACCGAGUGUUCGCGCUGACCCCGCAGCAUUACUCCCUCCCUGCUCACGCCUUCCACAAGCUCCUCAGACCCCCUGAGAGAGACCUGCUAAAGAUCACCCUGAAGGAGACCGUCCACUCCCCUGGCGUCCUUGUCACCCAGGGUCAGCUCAUCUGCUUCGGCAUACUGGCCCUGCUCACCUGCCUGGUCAUCCUGGGCACUACAGGCAUUGUGUUUUUUGGCCGCUGUGAGACGUGGCUGGCUAAUGCCAAGUACAGCCAGCUUGUUCGGCAGCAAAGGGAACACCUGCUGAGAGAAGCUGGCACCACUAACCAGGAAGAGCCUGAGCACUCAGUAAACAUCAUCCUGCCUGAGAAGAUUAGACUCACCAGCUUUGGGAGACACUACACCUCCAUCUGAUUAAAUUGCCUCUCCCUCUUCCUCACUCCUUCUGGAAGGAGUUUAAUAUGAAUGUCUAAAAAUAGCAACGAAGGAAAUACUAUGACUGUUGUACAGUUGCGUUUAUAUAAAGUGAGAGAUUCUGGACUACCUUGGGAUAUAUUUGAAUGUACAGUUUACUGGAUGAAGUGGGCAAACAAUGACAUUGGAUUCUAAAAACUACUCAUUAGAUAUGUAUAAAAUGAUAAAAUAAUGUUCUACCAAAUAGCACAUUGAUGGCUGGUAAAAAAGAUGCCAUGGUGUGGUAUUUCUUUAAAAACAAAACAAAGCAAAAACAUUAUGGUUUUAUGAUUCGAGUUGAUUUGGAGCACAGUAAUGCUGUUCAUAUUAGAAAAAGGAAGAUGAUUUUGAAAUAGGCAGCAAACAGGACUGCACUUCUUUCAGUAUUUGUAAUUAAACUUAAGUAAUGGUAGCAAUGAUUUUUAACUUUUAAACAAAGUGCACCCAGAUUUUAGAACCAUCACUAGAGCAGCAACAAAAAAAAGCAAUUGGCAACUAUUUUGAUUAUCAAUUUAUCCUUUUAGUCAUUUAUCAAGUAAAACUGCCAGACAUUAAAUGGAACCAGUCUCUCCUGUGUGAGGAUUUAAUGAUUUGCUUUGCUAUAUAUGAUAGUAAACUGAAGGUCUUGAUUUUUCAAAAUAAAGCUAAUAUAGUGAUAUUGAUGAAAUAAGAGGGAUAGUGAUAAAAUAAUUGAUUGAUCGUGAAUUAAAAUAAUCAUAAAGUUGCAGCCUUGACAUCUCCAUACAACAUACUGUGAAUUUGCCAUUUCACAAUUACUGCAAAAAUACAUAUAGUGAGUUUGUCCAGUAUGUGCAGUUAAAAAGUGUAAUGAGAUAUCACUACUUUCCACCAAAACAGUUGUACUUUCAAAUCCUGCAGGUCAUCACUCUACAGAAUAGGCUCAUUUUCUUGUAGAAGGUAUUACUCUAUGUACCUGGAAGUCAUUUCAUUUCCCAAAUAGCAUUCACUUUUCUCUCUCUGUAGAUGUAUCACUUUAGAUGUUGGUUUUAAAAGGUAUAUACAUAGAUGUGCACUCUCUUACAAAGACGUGGGUUAUUUCACAGCUCCUCCAGAAAUGCCGCUUUCUGUCUUUAUUUGAAUCUAUUCGUAUCCAUGCCACGGAUAUAUUCACACCUUCGCCUCUUAAUUGGUCUAAAACUCAUUUGCAGUUUCUCUGAGAUUUUGUGAGGUUUUCCAAACAUUGCUUCUCACUUCUAGAGUAGGAAUUUCACAGGUAAUGCACCACGCAUCUGUGAGCCCUGAAAUCAAUACUUUAACAUCUGUUACGUGCUAUUGGUUUGUCUCAUCAUGCAUGAGAUGGUCACACACUCCUGAUGGAGGGAGAAGCAAUUAUGGAAAACAAGAAAAAAAAAAAAAAACAUGUU